CCACAAUCUCUUCCCUCCUUCAAACUUGCCGGACAAGAAAAAAAAAAGACAAGAAUUCAUAUAAAUACAGAGGAGGUGUCCUUACUCUUCCCAUCAUUUGGAGUCGAGAGAGGGAGAUUCAGGAGAAAUCUGGUGUUGGUUUAAUUGUUUGUUUGUGGGUUUGUGAGUCAAGUACUACUGAAUUCUGUUUGUGCUCCCUGAAGAGGGUGAAAUGGUUGACAAAGACAAACCUGGGACUUCUAAUAAGAAGAAGAAGAAGAAGAGCUUUUCAACCUCAUCCAUCAUCACUAUUUUCAUGCAUGCAGACCGUAUAGAUGUGUUGUUGAUGGUUCUGGGAUUUCUUGGUGCUGUUGGUGAUGGAAUCAUGACCCCAGUCAUGUUGUUAAUUACUAGCAAGAUCUUGAACAAUUUUGGUUCUUCCUCCACCACCAAUUCUCAUGUUUUUGUUCACAACAUCAACAAGAAUGCGAUUAACCUACUCUACUUGGCAUGUGGGUCUUUCUUAGUCUCCUUCCUGGAGGGUUAUUGCUGGACAAGGACAGGGGAAAGACAAGCCUCGAGGAUGAGAGCCACGUAUCUAGAAGCGGUUUUGAGGCAAGAAGUGGGUUACUUUGAUAUGCAAGUUUCAAGCACAGCUGAAGUGAUUACAAGUGUCUCCAACGAUAGUCUCGUGAUCCAGGACGUUAUUGGUGAAAAGGUGCCAAAUUUCUUGAUGAACACUUCAAUGUUCUUAGGGAGCUACGUGGUAGGAUUUCUGCUAAUGUGGAGGCUGGCACUCGUAGCAUUCCCAUUUGUGGUACUCCUACUCAUCCCAGGAAUGAUAUAUGGAAGGACAUUAAUGGGUUUAGCAAGGAAAACCAGAGAAGAGUACAACAAGGCUGGCACUAUAGCUGAGCAGGCGAUCUCAUCUAUCAGGACGGUUUACUCAUUUGUUGGAGAAAGAAAGACAAUGGAAGAGUUCUCUGCAGCUCUUCAAGGGUCUAUUAAAUUAGGCCUUAAACAGGGCUUGGCGAAAGGUUUGGCUAUUGGGAGCAAUGGCGUUGUCUUCGCGAUUUGGGCUUUCAUGUCUUGGUAUGGAAGCAGAUUAGUCAUGUAUCAUGGUGGAAAAGGAGGGACUAUAUUCGCGGUCGGAGCUUCCAUUGCUGUUGGUGGCCUGGCACUAGGCUCCGGUCUGUCGAACCUGAAGUAUUUCUCUGAAGCUUCUUCGGCCGGAGAACGUAUAAUGGAGGUUGUUAAGAGGGUACCGAAAAUUGAUUCAGGAAACAUGGAAGGUGAAAUUCUGGAGAGUGUUUCAGGGGACGUUGAAUUCAAGAACGUGGAGUUUGCGUACCCGUCAAGAGCCGAUAACAUAGUCCUCCCAAACUUUAGCCUUAAAGUACCAGCCGGAAAAACAGUGGCCUUAGUUGGAGGAAGUGGGUCAGGAAAAUCAACUAUUAUAGCUUUAUUGGAAAGAUUUUAUGACCCACUUAAUGGUGAGAUUUUACUAGAUGGAGUGGCCAUUGAUAAGCUUCAGCUCAAAUGGUUGCGGUCCCAGAUGGGUUUAGUUAGCCAAGAACCAGCUCUCUUCGCAACCUCCAUUAAAGAGAACAUACUCUUUGGAAAAGAAGAUGCCACACUUGACGAGGUUGUUGCAGCCUCCAAAGCUGCUAAUGCUCAUAAUUUCAUAUCUCAAUUGCCACAAGGAUAUGAUACCCAGGUAGGUGAGAGGGGUGUUCAGAUGUCGGGAGGACAGAAACAGAGGAUAGCGAUUGCAAGAGCCAUAAUCAAAGCACCUCGAAUCCUUCUCUUAGAUGAAGCAACGAGUGCUUUGGACUCAGAGUCAGAACGGACCGUUCAAGAAGCACUAGACAUGGCCGCAGUGGGGCGUACGACGAUCGUGGUAGCUCACAGACUCUCCACAAUCCGCAAUGCGGACGUGAUCGCUGUAGUGAAUAACGGACAUGUGAUGGAGACUGGGUCACACGAAGAGCUGAUCCAGGACGAGAAUGGGUUAUACUCGUCAUUCAUCCGACUCCAACAGACAGAGAAGAAGACAGAAGACACCACCAUGGUCACCACCACAACAUCAUCGUAUUCCUUAUCAUCCAACCUGAGUAGGUCGUGCUCAGCUAGGUCAGAGAACAAAGAUGAUAGUGGUGCUGCGCUGGCGGAGGAGAAAAAAACCUUGCCUCUACCAUCGUUUCGGAGGCUGUUGAUCCUGAAUCUUCCGGAAUGGAAGCAAGCGAUCCUAGGAUGUGUUGGAGCGACGUUGUUCGGAGCAGUGCAGCCAGUGUACGCGUUCGUGAUGGGGAGUAUGGUAUCGGUGUACUUCUUGACUGAUCACAGUGAGCUAAAGUCGAAAACAAGGACAUAUUCCUUGUUCUUCGUAUCACUGGCGGUUUUCUCAUUAGUGAUUAACAUAAUACAGCACUACAACUUCGCAGCCAUGGGUGAACAUUUGACGAAGAGGGUGAGGGAGAGAAUGUUGUCUAAGAUACUCACUUUUGAAAUCGGGUGGUUCGAUCAGGAUGAGAACUCUACGGGGGCUGUUUGUUCCAGGCUCGCCAAAGAUGCCAACGUGGUGAGAUCGUUGGUAGGGGAUCGAAUGGCUCUCCUUGUGCAAACCUUCUCAGCCGUAACCACAGCUUGCACAAUGGGCCUCGUUAUUGCAUGGAGGCUUGCAAUCGUUAUGAUCGCGGUCCAACCCUUGAUCAUCCUUUGCUUCUACACCCGCCGAGUCUUACUCAAGAGCAUGUCUAGCAAGGCUAUUAAAGCACAGGACGAGAGUAGCAAGCUCGCCGCCGAAGCCGUCUCCAAUCUUCGUACCGUUACCGCCUUCUCCUCUCAAACCCGGAUCCUUAACAUGCUGGACCAGGCCCAAGAAAUACCACGAAGGGAGAGUAUUCGCCAAUCCUGGUUUGCUGGUAUCGGUUUGGCCGCCUCCCAGUCUCUCAUGAUCUGCACUUGGGCCCUAGACUUCUGGUACGGAGGAAGACUCAUUUCCCAUGGCUACAUCACCUCCAAGGCCCUCUUUCAAACCUUCAUGAUCUUGAUCAGCACUGGUCGUGUCAUAGCCGAUGCUGGAGCCAUGACCACCGAUCUGGCCAAAGGUGCCGAUGCAGUUGGAUCGGUUUUCUCAGUGCUCGACCGGGUCACCCGUAUCGAGCCAGACAACACUGAUGGUCACAAGCCCCAGAACUCAAUAACCGGUCGCAUAGAGAUUCAGAAUGUUGACUUCGCCUACCCAGCAAGACCUGAUGCCAUAAUCUUUAGGGGAUUCUCUCUAAACAUCGAAUCUGGAAAGUCAACAGCUCUUGUGGGUCAAAGCGGGUCAGGGAAAUCGACCAUCAUCGGCUUAAUCGAGAGAUUCUACGACCCAUUGAAAGGAACGGUGAGAAUUGAUGGAAGAGACAUAAAGUCGUAUCAUGUGAGGUCCUUGAGGAAGCACAUCGCGUUGGUGAGCCAAGAGCCAACAUUGUUCGCUGGGACGAUCAGGGAGAACAUAGUGUACGGUAGAGCUGAAGCUACUGAGAAAGUAGACGAAGCAGAGAUCAUAGAAGCGGCAAAGGCGGCGAAUGCUCACGAUUUCAUAGCGUCUCUAAAGGAUGGGUACGAGACAUGGUGUGGGGAUAGAGGGGUGCAGCUGUCGGGAGGGCAAAAACAAAGGAUAGCAAUAGCAAGAGCGAUACUGAAGAAUCCGGCAGUGCUGUUGUUGGAUGAGGCGACGAGCGCGCUGGAUAGCCAAUCGGAGAAAAUGGUGCAGGAGGCAUUGGAGAGGCUGAUGGUUGGGAGGACAAGUGUGGUGGUAGCACAUCGCCUUAGCACUAUUCAGAACUGCAAUCUCAUUGCUGUGUUGGAGAAGGGGAAGGUGGUGGAGAAAGGAACUCAUUCGGCCCUUUUGGCCAAGGGACCUGCCGGGGCUUACCAUUCCCUUAUCAGCCUCCAACGCUCGCCACCAACACUAACUUAAGAGAUUAGAAAGCAAAAAAACACUAAGAGCAGAGGCAGAUUCUAAAAUCCUCAACAACGUUCUGCGCAAUGCUGCACUCGGGAACCACUUAGAUGUGCUACCAGCGUCAGCUAAUUGAAGUAGAAGAAGCAACAAGAAAUCCCAAGUCAUGAGCUGAUUCAUUACUGUUCCUUGGCUAUGAAACAGGCCACUGCUAGAAACACAUUUGUCCAAUCCUACCCUUGUAGAAUUAAGGAAAAUUAAAACAGAACCAUAGCAUAUUUUUCUUCACGGAUCA